GUUCGGCGUUGAUAGAUUUUCGCUUGCUCGGUCGUCGCGUCGUCGUAUAAAUGUAAUUUAGUAUCCGGUGAAGACGAUUUUUUUGCUUCGCCAUCGUCGCUGACGCCGCGUUACAGUCUCUCCAGUAUGAUGAUCACGGUGUGCUGAAGAUAGGAAACCUGAAUCGUGAACCGUAUCAUUAUGAUUUUUCGAGUUUGCUGUUGUUGCUUCGGAUUCGGACAGAAGAGUAAUGACGCCAAACGUCUGCUCACCAAAGGUACCACCUCCAGUACCACUUCAGCUCCUGUCGAAGAAGUUUAUACGGUGCAUAAGAUAUCGAGUUUUGGAAGAGGUGUAUCCCACGAUGACGAUGCGGGAGCUCACAGCGAUUACGAGAUGGCCACGUCAUCGAACGAUAGAAGUCACAUCGUGUUGAAUAAAAACCACGCUAUGUGGUCCAGCAAAGCAGGAUUGGCUGAAACAGCAGAAUACGGUAGCGAUUUCGAAGACACUUGGUCCAAAUCACCUCAAGCCAGUCCGAUGGUGAAAAAAAAAGGACACUGGGGCAAAGUAUUGAUGAAAACGAAACGUGAAACUGCCACAGCUCCGACCAAACAACCUCAAUCUUUUCAGUCUCUGGCCAGUGUCAGUAUGAUGAUGUUACCGACGAUCACCGUAGCAGGAUCAUCUCCGGCUUUGGCCGAUAACUCCGAAGAUUCGUCGCGAAUCGAUUUGACCAAUUCGUCGCUGAAAACCGACCGACAAGCUAAAAGUCUCUCGUCCAGUCCUCAAACAUCCAGUACGUGGCUCAAGUCGCAGAGUAUGUUGAAUGUUAACUGUAUUCCGGACGAAAUGGACGCAGCAGCUGCCGAAAGACCGAAUGACGAAGUCGCUCGUAAGUACGGUCUGGAUACGUCUUUAUAUAAUACCUUACAUUUAUCUAAAUCAUCCGAAGCUAUUAAUCAAGCCUGGAAAUCGAUGGAAGAUUUCGCCAAUGACAAAGGGUUCGUCGACCUGCCCAACGGAACCGUUCACUUUUGCGCAUCUUACGAUAAAACAACCAAAAAAUUACUCGUUCGAUUCGUGAAAAUCGAAGGUCUCGCUCCGAAAGGAACCAAUAGAGCUAGAUACAAUUGCGUACUCAAGUUAACGUUGUUACCGCAUGAGAAACAUAUCAAGUUCAGUAAAUCUAUUCCCGCACAUUCUACGCUCGAUAUCGACGAAAGUUUCAUAUUCAGCGUUAAAGAUCCUACCAAAAAAGUGCUCAGAAUAUCCGUUUUCGAUUCCGAAUGUCUUGGGAAAUACGAUGCCGUAGGGCACGCGUUGUUUUACCUCGAGGAUGUUUUAAAUAGUGAACAAAAAUCGCACGUUAUGAAAUUAUACCGACAAUCCAUCCCGGAUGUUCAAGCUGGAAGCAUUAAAAUAACGUUACAUUAUCACAAAGAUAGCGAAUUCAUGAAUAUAUUCAUCAACGAAGCUUACAAUUUACCUAUAUUUUCAAGCAAAUGUAAAAGUUACAUGAAAAUCACGCAGCAUUAUCGCGGCAGAAAGAUCAAAGAGAUUUAUUCGCCCUACGUUGCAGCUGCUCAAGAAGUGCGGUUUAAUUUUAAAAUCGAUUUGAAAGUGGAAUCUAACGCAACGUUGUGUACUUUCGUUGUAAUCAGCGUCAAAAUGAGGGGAUUUUUUAAAAAAGACGUACUCAUCGGCAGGAUUAUUUUUGGACCGUUUUUAUACGCCGAAUAUGGAAAGAGUUUAACGCCUUGGGGACGAGCUUUGCUGCAUUACGAGCCCGUUUCGCAUGUUUAUCGAAUGUAUUUGUGAAUUUUUGUCGAUAUCUAGUUUACGUUUAUUUUAUUAAUUUACAUUGAGAACAUGAUUAUUUUAUUAGCAAUUAGACUGGUUUUGAGUUUUGUUUCGUUA